GAUAGUGACGCUCGGCGCCCGCGCACAACACGCACACACCUGUAUCAGGCGGAUUAGUUCUCGCAACUCGCGCUCUUAGGAAUGGACAAACGACAAUCAUAACUCAAAAUAAGCUUGAAAAAUAUGUUUUUAUUCAGAUGAUCAGAGAGCAAAGCAUUUGAAGUGCGUGGACUCAGUGAAGACAAUAUGUGUGAUAAAAUGAAGUUACUGUUCGUCUGUUUGGUGGCGCUCGCGCACCAAACUGCGUCCGAAGAUGUGAUCUACACAUUAACUAAGGAGGAGUACUCGCGCAUGCCUCCCGCCAACCACCUGGACCACUUCGACCACUGCGUGCAGCAGCCGAGAGGCACCUUCUGCACCGCGCACGCCGACCUGGUCUCCGACGGGCCCAGCGAACUGCUCCACAUGAUCAAGGCGUACUCGGCGCACGUCACCACGCACUACAACUACACGAAGCUAAAGUACGGUCUGUGCCUGACCCAGACCUGUCGCCAGUUCUACAACGGCAGCGAGAGCGAAGACGACCUCAGAGUGGCCACGGAGGCCUGCCUCAACCACACCCUGGCUGCCGAGUAUGGCCUUAAGGCUAGGGUCACGGAGCUGAACUGCUACUUCGAGCACAAGAGCAAGUACUCGGUGGACUGGCUGGACCGGCUGGUGGUGCUGCUGCUGCUGGCCAUCGUGGCGGCCAACGUGCUGGGCACCGUCUACGACUCAAGCAGGGACGAGACGAAGCCAGGAAACCCUAUGUUGCUGGCGUUCUCAAUCCCCGGGAACUGGAAGCAGCUGAUGUCGGACGGCCCCUCGGACCCCCACGUGGAGCUGUUAAAACCUCUGCAUGGAAUCAGGGUGAUCACUGCAAUUCUAGUGAUAUUGGGCCACACGCCCGUCCCGCUUCUGAUCGCAUCCGAAAACCCCGUGUGGGUAGAAAAAGCCUACGACUACCCUCCGAUGCACAUCCUGCUGCAAGGCCACCUCAUCACGCUGACCUUCUUCCUCAUCUCCGGCUUCCUGCUCGCCUACAACUUCCAGCUGAUAGCCGAGAAGACCAAGUUCACAUGGAAACUUCUCCCGAGGGCCAUCUUGAACAGAUUUUUGAGAGUGACACCAAUAUGCAUCAUGGCGCUCUUGCUCACCGCCACUUUGAUGAGGCACACCACACAAGGACCAUUUUGGGAGGAGAUCAUAGGAUGGGAGGUGCGAGACUGCCGCAACUACUGGUUCUACAACUUGUUCUACUUGAACAACUACAUCGACCACUCGCAGUGCAUUCUCCAGACAUGGUACCUGGCGUGCGACAUGCACCUGCACAUCAUCGGCAUGGCUGUGAUUCUGCUGUCACCCAGCACUAGGGUGCGCUGGUGGGUCAUGGGUGCGCUCUACGUCAUCGGCACGCUCUGGCCGGCCUACCACAUCUACACCAUGGACCUGGACGCCACACUACUCGCCAACCCCUCCACGAUGACUUCGUUCUUCAUCUCGAACCCGACGUUCAACUACAUCUACAAGCGCACGCACGGCAACAUGCCCACUUUCGUCACGGGCAUGGCUCUCGGCUACCUGGUCUACGACUGGCAGAAGAAGAACAUCUUCUCAAAGGAUUUGUCGAGAUACCGCAAGUUCUACUUGCUGCUGUUCCCUCUCCUGCUGCUGGUGACGACGUCGGCGGGCAUGCUGUACUGCGGCAACCGGCCGCGCGCGCCUGUGUGGGCGCGCCUGCUGUUCGCGCCCAUCGUCAAGCCGAUGUUCGUGGGCUGCGUGUCUCUGACGCUGCUGGGCGCCAUGUUCAAGAUUGACAGGAUAUACCGACAGUCGCUGGUGUGGAGACCCUGGACGCCGCUGGCCCGCAUAAGCUACUGCAUCUUCUCCUUCCACGUGAUGGUGCUGAGGUUCCUUGGAGGCACCAGGACCACUCUGAACUACCUCUCGUACUCCCACACGACGCACGACUACAUCGGGGUCACAAUCCUGACGAUCAUAAUGGCGACGGUAUGCUACCUGCUCGUGGAGGCUCCGUUCGCUCAGUUGGUGAGGAUAUUGUUGUCCUCGAAGCCACGACAGAAAGCCGCGGUCAAUGGUGCCAACGCAAACGAAGCUGUAGGAAAUGGAGCUGCAGGAAAUGGAAUUGCAGGAAACGGUACUGUCUCAAAUGGAACAGUAGAUGCAGUUGUAAAGAACGGUACGGCAAAUGGAACGGCAGUUAACGGAAUUUCAGCCAAUGGAACUACGCUUAACGGAACUGGAACUACGCUGAAUGGUACUUCAUUCAAUGGGUCAGCACUGAAUGGCCACGCUUUGAAAGAACAAGUAACAACGGCUAAAGAUAAAGAUGCGUAGAUGUUACUAGUAUUAAAGGUAGCAAUUGCAAAGGCAUGAAAAAUAAAGAUAAUUACAAAUUUUGUUACAUGUACAGGGUGUUAGGUAAAUGGGUAGGUAUAUUAGCCGACGCUAGCCCAUGUUAACUUAUGCAUAUAAAUGGUAUGGCGAAGUCAGAAAGAUUUCAUCAUUUUAAUUUUUUAAAUGUUCAUACAAAAUAAAAUUUAUAAAAUCAGAUUUGUGUCGGCUCAUAUAUCCAUUUACCUAACAUCCUGUAUAGCAAUGGAUGUAACAUUUCGUCUAAAGCUAUAUUAUCAUGGGUUUUGUCAACGAUACUGAUUUUUGUAUACUUAGCAGUAGUAAUGAUACGUGCAAGUACUACAAGGCUCUAUAAAUAUAAAACUACUGUUAGGCAUUCCAGAAAAUGGCUGUAUGAUCAAAUAUUUCAUAGUUUAAGCUAUGGGUGGAAGUAUAAAUGAGAAUGUUAGCUAAUUAAUAAAUACUAUUAUACAUCUAGACAACGUAGAAAUCAUUUUGUUAUCAAGAUCGAUUCGAUAUAGAGUUCUGCGAAGGUAUUUCGUUAUUAGAAAGUAUCGCAGCGAAAGUAUUACAUAACGAAUCCAUAUUAAAUAAUAAUGUGAUUAUCUAGAACUAGAUUGUAGGCACUUGCCUAAAAUAUUGUUGCCAUUAAUUUAAUUUAGGUUUAUGUUUUAUACAUGCCAAUCGGAAUAUUAGAAUUAGGAGCCGAAACUAGGGAAUAACUGCAAUAUGUAGUAAAAACCAGCGGGGUAAUUCAAAUGCAUUUGUCGACAGUAGAAAUCGUCUGUCAAAUAAUUUUCUAGUAAUCAAUUUUGAACUGAUUGUCAAGGUAAUACAGUUGAAAAUUGAAUAUCAAAGCCAGACGAUUCCUAAUGUCAUUCUGCCGAUAGUAGAUGCCAAAUUUCCAAUAUCAGGUCUUUUGAUUCUUGUCGUAUUAAUUCAAUCGUUAGUCUAAAGUUAAACGUACGACCCGGUCAAGUUAACUGCGCACUUGGCAGCCGUGACGUCACAUCGACGCUCUGGUAUAGGGCGAACGCAGGGAGGUGUGCGGGUAAGUGGGAGGGAGAGUCGCAUUCCAGCGAGGUGCGCUUAGCUCGAUCGGGUUGUAGUAUGAUAACAACGAGCACAUAUUUACUAAAUAUGAGAUACACACUGUCAAAACGCAAUUCCAUAGAUAAAAUAUCAUUCUUCCGAUUACUUGUCACCCUACCGUAAUCGGAAGAAUGAUCUAAAAACAACGUAACCCUUUAACUAUCGAAAGGCCUCCUAGCCCCCGGAUCUCAAAUGUUGACCUUAUUCAAAAUAUCACAACUUUCAAAAUAUUGAAACUGCACUUCGCAUAUUUCUGCCAAUUCUGCCAACUCUUUUGAGGAGUGAUGUCAUAAAAAAUUGCCGCAUCGUAUAGAUCCUUUACUCUAAAGCACCUAGUCAAGGCAUAAUUGUAUAACUGUGGUGAGUAUUUUGUGAUGUAUCAAUGUUUUCAUUUGUACGUUUAAUGAAUGUAAUUUUAUUAGUUGUUAUAAAUAAGGUGGCUGUAAUAAUAAAUUGUUUUCACGUUUUUAA